UCUCUCCGAGAUCGUUGUUCAUCACUGGCUUCUGAGGUUUCUUCUUCCGGAACGCUCGUGCCACGACACUGCCCGUGCCUGUGAUCGACUUCAGCUGGUCUGCUGCUGUGUCUGAGUACAAGAUGGAGUUAGAGGUUGUUAAAAUAUUGUCUGCGCUAGUUUUGUGGAUUCUCAGCCUUUGCUUUGGGUUGAUGGUUCCGUACCUUAUAUGGAAGUCACGUGGUUGUCGACGUCAUCAGUCAUGCUCAAACGCACACGCGUUGACGGAGAAUGACGUAUUAAUCGACAAUGGGGAAAACACCGAAAUUCCUGAUGACGUGAAAGGUCGUUGGGGAAGAUUCAAGACAAGCGCGAAAGCGUCGUUCGCAAAGCUACGUAGGUAUGACGUCAUUAGCGUGAUAAACUGCUUCUGUGGAGGAUUAUUCCUCGGGAUAUGCUUGCUGGAGUUGCUGCCUGAAUCUAGGGCGGGCGUGACGAAAGCACUGACGUCAUAUGGCAUCGUUACGUCGUUUCCUGUGACGGAGUUCAUGAUUGGAGCUGGUUUGUUGUUGGUGAUGUUUAUCGACCACGCUGUUAGUGACGUAUGCGCCAGGAGGAAUACGUCACAAUCAAAUGAUUAUGACGUCAUGAACGAACAAAGGACGCGAGAUGAUGAAGUGAAUGCAGGUGGUGACGUCACACACUCUAGACGUAGCUCUGCAGCAAGUUUACGUCAUGUUGACGUCACAUCAUCGGAAUCUAUACGAACAUUGAUGUUGAUUGGCAUGUUAUCCAUACAUUCAAUAUUUGAAGGAUUGGCGCUUGGAUUGGAAGUUAAUGUUUCAGCAUUGAUCCAACUCUUACUUGCAGUAUCCGUACACAAAGGUGUUCUAGCGUUCGGUUUGGGUCUCCGGCUCUUUGAAGCUUUUGCUCACAAGCUCUCUACCGCACUCGCGUGCGCUAUUAUAUUCUGUAGUGCUUCACCGCUAGGCUGCGUUGUUGGAAUCUUUUUAACACCCACGUCACCGCAACCCAACGUGACCACACCGACCCCCUACUUUCCUGGAUAUGCUGACGUCGCUCUGGCGUCAGUUCCGGCAACGGUACCGGUGAGCGCGGUUUUGGAAUGUCUCGCAACGGGGACUUUCUUAUACGUCACGUUUAUUGAGGUAAUACCAUCUGAAUUUUCCCACAACGAUGGCGUGGAUAUGACGUCAUGUCACCCGCGAAAGAAACAGAUUCGAAAACUUUUCAAACUUUUAAUUUUAUUGCUCGGUUUCGGUGCAAUUGUUGGUUUGCAAUUCAUAUAAAUAUGUGACUGUGGCGUAACAAUGAUAUUUAUUUCUUUAGUUGAUUGUUUUUAAUUAAUUAUGACGUCAUAUUCCUGUGGUAUUGUAUUACACACAAUAAACUGUAUCUCGUAUUAU